GGAUUUCUCCCAGUGACCAGCGUCCUACUGAACAGAAUGACUGGUGUCUGGAGGGACUGCUUGUAAAUCUCAAGCACAUUUUCCCACACUGAUGCCUGCAAAUCGAUGUCUUUGGGAACUUCUGCAGAUGUCUGUGUAUGAUCCAUCUUCCUGCCCUGCUGGGGAAAAUUGAAAUAUUUCUUUAGGAAGUUUCCUUGGACCAAGUCAUACGGUACAUACACAUUCUUUUAGACGACAGAAACAUCAGCUGCUGGACACAAGAGUGUUACCAUGUGCUGCAGUCCAGCUGUGCACGUCUGUCUACUGACAGCAUUUUUCAAGAUGUCAGAACCUUUUAACGUGGAUGUAAAGAACAGUCUGUCCUUCAGUGGGUCGGUGGACGACAUGUUUGGUUAUACUGUUCAGCAAUUUGAAAAUGAAGAAGGGAAAUGGGUACUCAUUGGAUCACCACUAGAAGGUCAACCAACAAGAAGAACAGGAGAUGUAUAUAAGUGUGCAGUCAAUGGGAAGUCAAAGUGCACAAAGGUUAACUUACCAAAAUCUACAACCAUUGCAAAUGUAACUGAAGUGAAGGAAAACAUGACUAUGGGAAGCACUUUGGUCACCAAUCCUAAGGGUGGUUUUAUGGCUUGUGGCCCUCUCUAUGCAUACAGGUGCGGGAGCUUGCUCUACACAACUGGAAUUUGUUCAAAUGUCAGUUCCACAUUUCAAGUUCUAAACUCAAUUGCUCCAGGAGUGCAAGAAUGUAUCACUCAACUGGACCUGGUGAUUGUCCUUGAUGGAUCAAACAGUGUAUAUCCUUGGGUCAGCGUGACAGAAUUUUUACAGAAACUAUUUCAAAAAAUGACAAUACACCCGACUCAAACACAGGUUUCCAUAGUUCAAUAUGGUGAAAAUGUUACUCAUGAAUUCAACCUGAAUACACAUGCCUCUACGGAAAGUGUGCUACAAGCAGCAAGAAAGAUAAAACAAAGAGGGGGCUCGCUGACAUUGACAGCUCUUGGCAUUGACACUGCAAGAAAAGAAGCAUUUAGUGAAGAAAGAGGUGCCCGGAGAGGGGUAAAGAAAGUCAUGGUGGUUGUAACAGAUGGAGAAUCUCAUGACGGUUAUCGCUUGAAAAAAGUGACCAAUGAAUGUGAACGUGAUGGGAUUGAAACAUAUGCCAUCGCUAUUCUAGGAAGCUACAACAGAGGUAAUAUAAGCACAGAAAAGCUGGUCAAUGAGAUACUUUCUAUUGCAAGCGAGCCAAAAGAAAAACACUUCUUUAAUGUAUCAGAAGAAUUGGCGCUAUCAACCAUCGUGGAAUCAUUGGGAGAAAGGAUAUUCGCUCUAGAAGCUACAACUGAACAGCAAGCAGUGUCCUUUGAAAUGGAGAUGUCCCAAACCGGAUUCAGUGCGCAUUAUUCCAAGGACUGGGUGAUGCUUGGUGCAGUUGGAGCCUAUGACUGGAAUGGAACAGUUGUUAUGAUGAACUCAGAUACUAUAGUCACACCAGGAAAUAAUUCAUUUGACACAAUGGCACAAGAAAGGAAUGAGCCAUUGGCUGCCUACCUUGGAUAUUCCGUAAGUUCUGCCUCUACACAUAGAGAACAAAUCUAUAUUGCAGGACAGCCGCGCCACAACCAUACUGGCCAAGUUAUCAUCUACCAAAUGAAUGGACACAAAAUUAAUAUAAUUCAGACUUUAAAAGGAGAACAGAUUGGGUCUUACUUUGGUAGCGUACUCACCACAGUGGAUAUUGAUGGGGAUUCAGUCACUGAUAUCUUGCUGGUUGGUGCACCAAUGUAUAUGGGAAGUGAAAAGCAAGAACAAGGAAAAGUCUAUGUCUAUAGGAUUGAUAAGAAAACAUUGAAACUUGAAAUGACUUUGGAACCUCUAAACCAAACCUGUAAGAACGAGGCUAUGAAUGAGCCAUGUGGAGCUCGCUUUGGGACAGCAAUAGCUUCAGUGAAGGAUCUCAACCUGGAUGGAUUCAAUGAUGUGGCUAUUGGAGCUCCACUAGAAGGAGACCACAGGGGGGCUGUAUAUGUUUAUCAUGGAAGUGGAAAAUCUAUAAAAAAAGACUAUGCUCAGCACAUUCCAUCAGGAGGGGAUGGGAAAAAAAUAAAGUUCUUUGGUCAGUCCAUACAUGGGGAAAUGGACUUAAAUGGAGAUGGUCUAACAGAUGUAACUAUCGGAGGAGCUGGAGGUGCCGCUCUUUUCUGGUCUCGGGAUGUUGCAGAGGUAGAAGUAAGGCCGAUAUUUAAUCCAAAUGUCAUCCAUAUGGAACAUAAAAACUGCAAAAUAAACAACAAAGAAACUGUCUGCAUUACUGCAAAAUAUUGUUUUGAUAUCAUCAUUAAAUCUGAGACAAAUAAACAGGAGACAUUUGACCUGGAAUACAAGAUCACACUGGAUUCACAUAGAUUUCUAUCUCGAAGUCUUUUCACUGACACAAACGGAAAGACUGUACAGGGCAUUAUCAAGCAAAGUGGAGACUGUGUGACCCAUGACUUCUAUAUGGUGGAGAAGCCGGAUUUUCUAAACUCUGUCAACGUUUCAGUUGAGUUUAAUUUUAAGGAUCCAGAAGAUGGUCCUGUUCUAAGCCAAGAACGUCCAAAUGUUGUAAAUGCCUACAUUCCUUUUACUAUGGAUUGUGGAGCUAAGAAGAGAUGUAUUGCCGACCUUGCUUUGGAAGCCCGGUUAUCCAUAGGGGACAAAAGUUUUAACCAGACAGUAGUAAAAUAUAACAAGGACAAGUUCAAUGUGACGGUGACAUUAAAGAACAACUGGGACAGUGCAUACAAUCCUACUGUAACAAUGAAAUAUUCCCCAAAUAUUAUCCUAGCUGGAAUAGAGGAUAAGCCAAAAGUGAGCUGCGAGUCAGAUUAUGCAUGUAAAGUUGGAUAUCCAUUCCUAAAAAGGGAGGAAUCGAUCACUUACACGGUAACUUUCCAGUUCAACAUCUCGCACCUUUUGGAUACAGCAUCAAUAUUUAUUAAUGCAGUAAGUGACAGUGAAGAAAAGAACUUCAAUGAUAACAGAAAGAACAUUACAUUUCCUGUUAAAUACGAGUCUUGGCUGACAUUUACUGGCUCUAAGAAAGAGUUCCAUAUUAGUAUCCCAGCCAAUGAUUCAGUCCCGGCUGUUAUCGAUUCAGCAGAUGCAAUUGGACCAGAAAUUAAUCUGAAUUAUAUGAUUCGGAACAAUGAUUACAUCCCAAUGCCCAGGGUGAAAUUCCGUCUGUCAUUCCGGUUUCAGACUCCAGAUGGCAAUGUUCUCCUGUACAUGACCAAUGUGUCAUAUUCUGAUAAUGUGAACUGUGACACUGAUGAACUCCUGGAUGUUUUCCUAAUAAAUUCAGGCAGACUUUAUCAUUUGGAAAAAUUUACAGAAAGUAUAAAAGACACUAUAUUGGACUGCAAGAGAAACAGCUGCCCAGCAUUCUACUGUACUGUGGAGCCAGCGGACAAUACUCAUAUCAAUAUCUCUAUGCGAGUAUGGAAAGCAACAUUUAUUAAGGCCAGUAUCCACAGCCUGAACCUUGUGUUAAGUGCGGUACUGAAAAGCGACAAUUCUACCAUGUUGUUAAACCCUGAGAGUGAAAAUUUUGAGACAAUGAUUAAACUGUCUAAAGAGCUGGAGCAUGGCAGGGUGCCCAUCUGGGUUAUUCCACUGAGUAUUAUCAUUGGACUUCUCAUACUAACCCUCAUCAUAUUCGCAAUGUGGAAACUCGGCUUCUUCAAAAGGCCCCUGAAGGAGAAGAUGGAAGAAUGAGGAGCCAUAUUUCUUAACACACAUUCUGAUAAUACUUGAACAUUGUCUCAGGAUUACUAAUAGUGAAAUAUUGAACAAUGAAGCUACAAAAUAGUAAUUUAGUAUUUUUUUUUUUUUUUUUUGUGAAUGUUUUUUAGAAUACAGGUUACACAUUUAACCAGGGUUUGAAUUCUUUAUAGGCACUGUAUGCCUUGAACUAGAGGUGGCCCUAGGAGAAGAAGGAGAUUGGAUUUACAUAUGAAUGACUACUUUAAAACCAUAUGUAAAUGAUGUGUACAUAUAUGUAAAAUAGGCACGUUUAGUAUCAUUCUAUUUGAAUCUACAUUUAACUUUUUAAAGCACCCUAGCACCCCCCACACCCCCAGUCCGCCAACAAACACCCACAAAGACAUAAAGAAAUUUCCCCUCUGGGAUUAUUAUUGCCAUAACUCUGCUCCUUUUAGGUCCAGUGCCUGGGGCAAGAUGUUGGGUAGGUAUGUUUAUGUGGUGACCCAUGGUGUAUGGUGGGACCACGGGGUGUAGCAGUGUAGGUGGAUUGGGCAAGAUGGUAUUAACCCCAGGGGCAAGGUGUUAUUAACUUCUAAUGUUCGUGACGCCAGAGUGGUUUUUGGGUCUCCGCUAUUCCAAUGGCUAGGCAGUGAAAGGAGAGUCCACAACCAAGUUAUGGUUUAACAGAGGCUUUACUGAGUUAAGACAGGUGUUUUUAUCUUCACAGCUAGGCCAGAUUCCAAGAGAGGUGGACAGGAACACAGAAGGACCUCACAGCUUGCUGGGACCAAUUAAACUUGUAAUAGACUAUAAAAUCUUGACUUUAGGCUGGACUUGACUAUAGGUAGUAGUGACAGCAGACAUAGAUUUUUGACUUACUGGAAUGACUGUAGAUUUGAGGCCUUCCAGCUGCUGGUCACUAGCACUGGGAUCUCUGGUGUUUGCUGUUCCUCAGCAGGGAGCAUAAGACAGAGAAUUGUAAUGGCCGCCCCUUUAUAUAGAGGGAGGCUGAGCCAAAGCCCAUUGGUCAAGCUGUGGGUCAUAGGUUAAGCUGGGGCCCUCUGGGUAACAUAUGACAACAUAGACAUAACAUGUGACAUUUCACAGGUCAUUUAGACAACUGCUGGAGUCCUCCAAAGGUCCUUUAUACUGACUAUGCAUUAGGACACUGACUAUCCAUAAAAUAAAAUAGAUAACAAUACAGUAACAGCAGAGGAGACACUGCAGGAGAGCCCCCAGGUCACUGAGGGACUCAACCUGACUGGGCCUAAGGGUAGUGCAGAACCAUGUUCAGUACUGGGACAUCACAUUUACAGUGCAGUAAAGGUGUAAUGAGAAACCAGGGGUUAGACCAGUG